ACCAAAAACUAAAAACAAUGAUGAUGAGUCAGAAAACACCAUUGAGUCAAGUCAAACAACUCCAAGUGAAGCGAAAGAACAGCAAAUUCAAGUUGAAGAACCUCCAAAAGUUUAUCCAGUUCAAAGUGGUUCAAAUAGUAAUUAUGAAGAAAUAAUUAGCGAAAUUGAAGAAAACUUAAAAAAUAAAUUAACGAUUGAAGAAUUAGAUAUUCAAACCCAAACCGAUUAUCAAAAUAUCAAAGAUAGUAAAGAUAAUAAGAUGAACGAAAACAUUAGCAAGCAAGGUGCCAAAAAAAGAAUUGAAAAACUAAGAAAAAAAGCUACAGCGAACAGUUUACAAUUACAACACGUAAGCUAUGCCUUAGUAGAAAUAGCCGAAACAGUUUCCUUCUUCAAAGAAGAGCGCAUAAAAACACAACAUAUGGCAUAUAUAAAACAUGAGUCAUUGAAAGCAAACGCUUCAUGGCA